AUGGACCCAUCUGCAUUUGACGAACAUUACGAAAAUAAAAAUCAAUUCUACACUACGUCGAUUUCAACUAAUUUAAAUAUGAAUUCAAUUUGUCUGGAUAAUAUUUUCCUGAACUACAAAGAACUUAUCAUUCAAACAUUGAAUAUUGAUUGCUAUUGCUUUGGAUCGGAUCCACUAACGCAUAAAAAAAUAAGAGAAGAGCAAACGAAGAAUGAUAUGCCUGAACAAAUAUCGUCAAGUCAAUCGGUAACAUCAUCACCAUCCAGUGACUCUCCAAAGAGUCUUAAUGAAUCAUGCGAAGAACAAUCUAAGUCAUCGACAGAACUCGAAUCGUGA